AUGGUCUCUGGACCACAGAGCCUCUAUACUCCCACAAAGCCGGAGAUCCAUGAAACUGCCCAACGUGUAGUCUCCAUCCUCCGAAACCGUGGUCUCUCCUGUUGUCUCACUGGGAGCACAGCCUCUUCCGCCUGGGGAGCGAGCCGUACUCCUAAGGUCCAUAUAUCUCCACAAUCAGCGGCUCCUUUCAACUUUACACUGACGGAAGAUAUCCUGCAGGACAUUGACAUCGUCAUUAUGACUCGCUCCCACGACGAAGAAAGCAUCAAACGCUUCAUCGCGGGUGAUGAUCCAGCAUUCUACUUGGUCUCCUCCACCAAUCCACGCAAUUUCUACAAAAUUGUUUGGUAUCGGUAUCCUGGCCGCCCAGGGCUCGCCAUAAAGAUCGAUGUUCUCAUCCCUCCGACCAUGUCCAUUCCUUUCGUCGAAUCAGAUCUCAUCGUCAUCCGCAAUUUACUCCCGCUUAUGCCGUUACUGCCCCAACUAUUGUUGAAGCUUCAAUGCUGGGACGACCACAGACUUUCUCGGUAUAGUGAUAAAAGGUUGAAACAAUAUGUGGACGCGCAGGACGUAAGGGAGUUGUUGAUCGUUGCGAACAAGAGAGGGCGCCAUGGUGGAUAUCGGGACCUUGGCCAUAUAUUGAGGGAGGAUCCCUUCAUCGACCUGAAGUCCGCAUUGGAGGAUCGGGCGGUAUUGGUCAAGGUACAGCAGACGAGGAGGACGGGAUGGGAGAGCAUGGAGGACGCGCACGCGGCUGGGCGGAUCCCGCCGAUUGAGUUGUCGACGAAGAAAGAGGACGUCGUCGUUGCGCCACUGGGAGAUCUGUGUAAGGCCUUGGAGUUGGGCAGGAGUACAUUCGAGAAUCCAGUCGAUUUGCAGUCUCGUCGCGCUCGCGGUGAUUUCUGUAUAUCUGUGCUUUUUAUGCCUCUGGCACGUCCAGUUUCUUUCUAUGCACCCAAGAUGCAGGCAGGAGCAUGGGAGCUGAAGCAACGCGCGGAGCAAAGCAGGACGAAUCCUCCCUAUCUGUACCUAUCGAUCCACGCAUUCAACAGUGCCAUUUGCUACGAGCUCACCCAAGAGAAAGAGAAGAUCGAGAAGAGUGUAAAGAGCGGGGAGGGUGGGGGUAGCGGGACAAAGGAGAAGAGUAAGAAGAAGAAGGGCAAGAAGGCGAAGUGA